UACACUCGAACCGACAUUACCAUGCGAAACAAAUCCUCUACAUUCAAAACGGUUUCCUCCCGACAUCCACCCCGCUCCCACUUUAGGAUCCCGAAUUCAAUAAAUGUUUGUAACGUUAGUUUAAAGCCGUGACCUCAUCGUCAUCACGUCCCCCCCCCCCGACAGCAACGAGGAGGAAGUGCUCGCGCCAACGAUCGUUGAAACGCGUCAAUUAACGUUACAGCAGGUCGCCCGGGCAAUCAUGAGUCAGCGGGCGGAGCGACGAGGGGGGAUCCACGUGGACCAGUCGGACCUGCUGUGCAGAAAGGGAUGCGGUUACUACGGCAACGCGGGUUGGCAGGGCCUGUGCUCCAAGUGCUGGAGGGAGGAGUACCAGCGGUUACGGCAGAAACAGAUCCAGGACGACUGGGCCUUGGCGGAAAAGUUGCAGCGGGAGGAGGAGGCAGCGUAUGCCAGCAGUCAUGGAGCGCAGGCCCAGUCCACAGCGCCACAGGCGCACCCGGGGCACGCCUCACUGGGAUCCUUCUCCAAGUUUGAGGAGAAGAAGACCAACGAGAAGACGCGCAAAGUGACCACCGUUAAGAAGUUCUUCAGCCCCUCGUCACGUACUGCUCCCAAAAAAGACACCCCAGAGGGCAAGUCCCCCAGUCCCUCGAUCAGCCGCCGUGCCAGCUUCGACACCGACCAGGUGUCCAAGGACUUUGCCGACUACUUGAAACAUCUCCAGAAGCCCGGCCGGGAGAUCCAAAAGCAGUGCCGGGCUUUCAUCGUGAGCAUGUCAAGCAAGAAGGACCUGGGUGCUGACGAGCUGUCGGAGUGCGUUCAGGAUUUCUACCAGAACUUGGCCGACCGCCUGAUGGGUCACUAUAAAGCCUCUUCAGAGUCUGCGGAGCAGGCGAUGGACCAAGUGGAAAAGUACAUAAUGACUCGUCUGUACAAGAGUGUGUUCUGUCCAGAAACCACCGACGACGAGAAGAAGGACUUGACCACACAGAACCGGAUAAGGGCCUUACACUGGGUGACCAUCGAGAUGCUCUGUGUGUCCAUGGAUGAAGAAAUCCCUGAGGUCUCUGAGAACGUGGACAAAGCGAUAACAGACGUGAUUGAGAUGGACUCGAAGAGGGUCCCUCGGGACAAACUGGCGUGCAUCACGCUUUGCAGCAAACACAUCUUCAGCGCCAUCAAGAUCACCAAGAAGGAGCCCGCCUCCGCCGACGACUUCCUGCCGGCGCUCAUCUACAUCGUGCUCAAAGCAAACCCGCCGCGGCUUCAGUCCAACAUCCAGUACAUCACCCGCUUCUGUAACCCCAGCAGGCUGAUGACCGGGGAGGACGGGUACUACUUCACCAACCUGUGCUGCGCGGUGGCCUUCAUCGAGAAGCUGGACGCUCAGUCCCUCAACCUUUCCCCGGAGGAGUUCGAGCGCUACAUGUCCGGCCAGGCCUCGCCGCGGCGCAACAGCGCCGAGGGCGGAGGCGGCGCCGAGCCCGCUGCGCCGGUCGCCGUCAACCCCGCCCUGGCCCGGCUGAACCACAACCUGGAGGCGCUGUCGGGCCUCGGCGGGCGGCAGGACGCGCUGAUGGAGGCCGCCCGGAGCCUGCAGGCCGACCUGCUCUCCUGGCCCGAGAGCGUGCAGCGGGAGGUGGACCAAGUGCUGGAGAAGUACCCGCUGGAGGUCCGGUCUCGCACCCUCUCCGCCAUCAACGACAACAACAUGGACAGCGACAACCUGCCGCCGCCGCUCGCGCCCCAGGUGUUCGCCGGGUAGGGGGCGCUUCGCUUACAUUUCAGAGGAACGAGAAGCCCGGAUAGUCCGAGUACUGCUACUAGGUGCAGCUCUCAGGUACGGUUGACUACCUGGAUUUGUUUGUUUAAUCCUACUUUUACUCCGAUAAAUUUAGUUCCCCUGCAGAUAGAGAUUACAAAGUACAUAGUGUAAUUAACUAAUACAUUAUAAUGUAUAAUUAUAGUUUAGGAUACCCAGCACUAUAUAAAGUAACUGAAAUCAGUUUUUUUUUUAAUUACCGGCCGCUACAUCAAUGUGAUUUACACAAUAAACAUUGUGUACUUGUGUCAGUUAGUAAACCUUUUAGCACGCUCAGCAUUUUUUUCCCCCUCUGUCUUCGGUGACUGUUGAUUUAAAUGACAAAAACAAAAGGGACCAAAGGGCACCGGGGGAAGCUCACGGUGUUGAUGUGAGCGGGCCCUUUAUUCGGCUCUUUGAUCCCAUUGGCCCGUUUUUAUUUACCUCGGUCCCUGGUUUGUCUGAAAAAACAACAGCGAGUAGAAACUUCUGUAUUUUGGUGACGUGUUGUGUGUGUUUUUUUUUCAUAUUUUUAUCUCCAAAAAACUUUUUAAAGUAUCUUUUUAAAUUGACAAACGCUAUUUGUCUCAUACAUUUUUUGUUGUUGUUGAAAAAUGAGGUUCCAUGGCGCCCUUUAGUUGUACUUGAUAAUAUCACAACAUAAUGAUGUGUGUGUGUUUCAUAUGUUUAACAUGGGUGUAAAAUGUUUAACAGAAAUCCAGCUGUAACACAUAUGGAAGAAAUACUUAAGCACUCCGGAACAAUUUUCUCAUCAUCGUUGAGUAUGAAAUUAACUUUACGAAGCCUAUUGUUUUUUUUUAAUCUUUAGCAGAAUCACUGUGCUUUAACGUUGUUCUUUGUUUGUAGAGUCGACUGUAUUCAACAGGCUUUCUGCAUAUUCACCUCGAAGUGUUGAAAUGCCAAAAGAUGUCUUUAUGAAAGAAAAGUAACCCACAAUAUGUUUUAAAUAUUGAUUCAUAUGGUUUGCAUAUUGGCAAGUGGUUUGGUUUUUGUGUUGCAUUCGCUUGAGGAUCUUUUUGGUAUUUUAAUUCAGUGACUUGUAAUACACUAAAAUAAUGUAGUACUGUCAAUUAUUAUGUCUACUUAUCAGGGACCGUUUUGGCAAGUGAGGUUCAAUAAUAUCAGAAAACCUGAAAUCAUCAAGUUUUUUCUAAUUUUAUCCUUUGAUGUCAGUUGCUGUAUUUUUUUUAAAUCUAGGAUUAAGUUAUUUGAAAGACACAGUGUGCUCUUAUUUUGAAUAAAGGCCCAACGGGUAGGUGGUGUCAAAACCACGUCUAGCGGCCAUUUAGUUAUAUUUAUGUAUUUUGGGUUGAGUGACAGGGGCGGUGCAGAGUGGGGGGGGGGGGUCACAAAGAAUUCAUACAAUUUGUUGACAAAUGGUGAAAUGAAUUGAGACCGAACGUUUCAUUGAGCAGAUUUAUGAAGCUAACUUAGAAUUUUGUGUUCACAAUCAAGUUAUUGAUAAGAAUCACAUUCCAUGCGUUGUGUUGUGCUUAAUGACAACAAAACUGUAACAAACUAAUGAGUAAAUAUUGAAAUGAACCACAUUAUACUAAAGGCUGAUAAAUGAUGCUUAUGUUGGAAAAGGAUGUUGACAGUUUGAAAUGAAAUAAAGACCCUGAAGUGACA